UCCAAUCAGAUCGACAUACACUUUCACUGUAAACAGUUGUUAAAACACGAAUUUACGUUGCUGCAUUUAUUUAAAAUAAAACAAUACGCAUAUGUUAAUGUUAUACGCAUUCAGACAUAUCAGAAGGUCAACAUACAGCGAAGUUAAUAGCAGAUUGUUACUGAUUAUGCAGCACAGACAGGAAAAGAACAGGAAGAAGAGCCAAGUCCUGGGUGGGGGUUGGUCAGAUGCUGCUGCGCUUUACUUCGCCUAAUCGAAUGGGUUGACAACAAAAUUAAGAUGGAAGUAAAUCGUUUGGAUUUUUACAUUGGCCUCUCUCUUGCUAUGAGCUCGAGCAUCUUCAUCGGAGGAAGUUUUAUCCUGAAGAAGAAGGGGCUACUGCGAUUGGCUGGCAAGGGUUCUAUGAGAGCAGGUACUGAACGCACCUGCCAAGGAGGCUAUGCAUAUCUGAAGGAAUGGCUUUGGUGGGCAGGAUUAAUUUCAAUGGGUGCUGGCGAGGCUGCAAACUUUGCUGCUUACGCGUUUGCCCCUGCAACUCUGGUCACACCACUCGGAGCAUUGAGUGUACUUGUGAGUGCAGUGCUGGCCUCCUACUUCCUGAAUGAGCGGUUGAAUGUGCAUGGGAAGGUGGGCUGCUUAAUGUGCAUCCUGGGCUCCACAGUGAUGGUCAUCCAUGCCCCUCUGGAGGAGGAGGUGGCCUCCCUUAGCGUCAUGGCUGAGAAGCUCAAAGACCCAGGGUUCAUCAUAUUUGCUCUGUGUGUUGUGGUGGGCAGCGGGGCCCUCGUCUUUUUUGUUGCCCCGCGUUACGGCCAGAAGAACGUGCUGGUCUACAUCCUGAUCUGCUCUGUGAUUGGGUCUCUGUCUGUGUCCUGUGUCAAGGGGCUGGGCAUCGGAAUCAAGGAGCUCUUUGCUGGGACUGCUGUCCUGAAGGAGCCCUUGUUCUGGGCUCUGCUAAUAUGCCUGGUGAUAUGCGUUAGCAUCCAAAUCAGUUACCUCAACAAAGCCUUGGACAUAUUCAACACCUCUAUAGUCACACCAAUCUACUAUGUGUUCUUCACCACCUCAGUAAUGGCCUGCUCUGCUAUCUUGUUCAAGGAGUGGUUGAGUAUGAGCACAGAUGGGGUGGUGGGGACAAUCAGUGGGUUCCUCACCAUCAUCUUGGGGAUUUUUCUCCUCCAUGCCUUCAAAGACAUUACCUUCACCUGGGAUUCACUGCCAGUUUACCUGAGAAAGCGUCCUGAGGGGUCACCCUGGAACCACCAGCCCUACAUGGCCCUCCCCAGGCAAGAGAGAAAGGCAGAGGAGGAGGAGGAGGAGGGGAAGUCGGCCAGAAACGGGAGCUCCAAGGCUGGGUACUCACCAGAGAACUCCACCAGGAGGAAUAAUAGCUUUGUUGCCACUUAAAGCUAACCUGUAACUAAAGUUCUGACCAUGGCCUAGUUUUAGACCUAGAUUUAUGGUAAACCAAAUAGACAGGUAUGUCACAUGAUGGUUACUCAAUCUGUAGCAACAGGACAUGUUUUCUUUAAUUUACCAUGCACUCUUUCUUUAAGAACACUGUACUGUUGCAAAUGUUUUAUGUCAAUUUCAGUUUACUUUGUUGUAUGUGCCAAAGUCUGUUCACUGGUUUUAGUAGUUAGUCUUGGACUUAUAUAUAUAUAUAUAUAUAUAUAUUUAUUUGUGAUAAACAAUCUGAAGACAUAGACAUUGUAGGCUAAUCAAAUUGAAUGUUUGUUCACGGUAAUUCAUACUGUUACCUUUUUACUGUUAAAGGGGCAAUUGACUGGGUUUUUUGGGUAUUUCACACUGUUCCUUAAGGUCUCCGAAUAGGGUAUGUAACA